AUGGGUAACGGAGGCAUACCCAAGCUCAUCAGUGAAAUUGACAGUCUGCUCAAUCCGCUCGAGGGACUCACAUUGGAAGACGCUGAUUUGGAUUUUGGCAGCGAUUUGGACAUUCGUAACUUGGUGGACUGGAUCCAAUCGGGCAAUAAGGCAAAGAAAAUCAUGGUAUUGUCGGGAGCAGGAGUGUCCGUGGCGGCGGGGAUUCCAGAUUUUCGUACUCCCGGCACAGGCUUGUAUGAUAAUUUGCAAAAGUACAAUUUACCCUAUCCUCAGGCAGUAUUUGACGUCAGCUUUUAUCGAUCCCAACCUCAACCCUUUGUGACAUUGGCCAAGGAGCUCUGGCCGGGAUUGACCCAUUCUCCCACGUUGACUCAUUCCUUUUUGAAGAUGCUGAGUGACAAGGGAUUGCUAUUACGAUUGUACUCACAAAAUAUAGAUGGAUUGGAAUAUCUUGCGGGCAUUCCGGAUGAAAAGCUAGUGGAAUGUCACGGACAUUUUAGAAGUGCAUCCUGUAUCGAAUGUGGAACCACUGCGGACCCCGAAAGCGUCAAGAACACCAUUAUCAAGGAUGUAACUGUACCAAAAUGCGACAAGUGUGGAGGUAAUGUCAAGCCGGACAUUGUAUUCUUUGGUGAAAGCUUGCCCGAUCGGUUUCACCAAAUGUUGCGCACGGAUGUGGAGGAAGCAGACUUGUUGCUCGUCAUGGGAACCUCGUUGCAAGUCGCACCCGUGUCCAUGAUUCCCGACAUGGUCCGAUGCGAACAUCGUGUCUUGUUCAAUCGGGAACCCGUCAUGAAGAUUCGGACGGGUAAGGACCUGUUCCUUCCCGGCAAUUGCGACGAUCAAGUUAUGGAACUGUGUUCCAUACUGGGUUGGAAACAGGAUUUGUUAGAGGAAAACGCCAAAGUGCAAAUCAACAACUCAUCCAAUUUUAAGAACGACGAAGGAACCGAGAGAAAAAACUUAAGAAAGGAACCGAGAGAAAAAACUUAA